UCCCGUUCCCAGCGCAUGCGCUCCCCGCCCGGCGGGCCCGGGGGGCUCCAGCGCUGCCGGAGCUGCACCGCGAGGAGGCCCCGGAGCGGCGGCGGGGCCGGGCCGGGACCGGCCGUGCCCAGACCAGGCGUGUCCUACUCGGAAUCCCAAACCUGUGAGCAAAUGGAUUGCUUUGAGAAUGGGAAGUUUUGUACUCAGACAGGCUCCCAGCAGCACAGGGACAGCAGUGGCUGUCAGGUGGCUGAGGCUGGCAGACCUGUCAGACGGCUCCGGAGGAAGAGGAGACUCCCUCUGGAUUCGGAGGAUGAGGAGGAAAAUGCAUAUGAGGAUGAGGAGAAGAAUAAAUCAAAUAAUAUGAAAAGCCGCAGAAACACUAAACCAAUAAAACAAGUGCUUCCUGGAAAGAAGAAGGUAUGGAACUGGGUUUCCUACUUGGAAGAGGAACAGAUGCCAGCUGCUCCCCUCAAACUGUUCAGAGAGUAUCAAUCAUUCCCACAAGGCCGGAAUGGAUUUAAAGUUGGAAUGAAAUUGGAAGGGCUGGAUCCUGAACACCCCUCUCGAUUCUGUGUUCUCACAGUGGCUGAGAUCCAAGGCUACAGGAUGCGACUGCACUUUGAUGGGUAUCCAGAGUGUUAUGACUUCUGGGCUAAUGCUGAUUCCUCAGACAUCCAUCCUGUGGGCUGGUGUGAAAAAACAAGCCAUAAGCUGCUCCCUCCUAAAGGUUUCAAGGAGGGAGAAUUUAAUUGGACUUCCUAUCUGAAGAAUUGCAAAGCUCAAGCAGCUCCAAAAAGCCUUUUUAAGACCCUCAGCACUCCUGUCACACCCUCUGGGUUUCGUCUGGGAAUGAAGCUGGAGGCAGUGGACAAGAAGAAUCCCUCCCUGAUCUGCGUGGCCACCAUCACAGACGUGGUGGACAACCGGCUGCUGAUCCACUUCGAUAACUGGGACGAGAGCUACGACUACUGGUGUGAAACGAGCAGCCCAUACAUCCGUCCUGUGGGCUACUGCCAGGAAACUGGAACCCCACUGACAACACCACCUGGAUACAAGGAUCCCAAAGCCUUCUCAUGGGAGAAAUACUUGGAAGAAACUAAUUCCCAAGCGGCCCCAGCAAGAGCAUUCAAACUGCGCCCUGCUCACGGAUUCCAAGUUAAUAUGAAGUUGGAGGCUGUGGACAGGAGAAAUCCCAUCUUGAUAAGAGUGGCAACAAUAGUUGACAAAGACAACCAUCGCAUUAAGAUCCAUUUCGAUGGUUGGGACCCUCAUUAUGAUUUCUGGGUGGAUGCAGACAGCCCUGACAUCCAUCCUGUGGGCUGGUGUGCCAAGACUGGACACGCUCUGCAGGUCCCUCUAGGUGCUGAGGACCCAGAGGGAGCAGUGGGACAAGUGUGUCCCACUCCAGGCUGCCACGGGAUCGGGCACGUCCGGGGACCACGAUAUGGGACACAUUACACGUUGGUUGGCUGCCCAUACUCUGAUGUGAACCUCAGCAGAGAGAACUCGUUACAGGACCGGCUGAGCGGGGAGAGACCUUCCCCUGGGAACACCAUGCAGAAGGCCAAGAGGCUGGAGACUCCUGCCCCAUUCCUGCUGGGAGCAGGGGAGUCUUCUCAGGGAGACUCUCCACAAUCCAGGAAAAUCUUGGAAUUGAGCAGCAUUGAAGCAAACUGUGUAAAAGCUGCACCAGACAGUGAGAAGUGGUGUCAAAGCAGCGUUCACACUCCAUCAGAGCAGUCUGAAAACAGUCAGGAGAGAGACUGGGGAGAGGAGGAUUCCUCUGCAGACAUCAAAGCCACACCAAAAACGCUUGGGUGCUCACGUGCCUAUAUCAAGUUCCAGCUGGUGAAACGGGAAAGCAAUGGGAAAGGCCCUGAUUUGGAUCUCCAGCAGGCCCUCCACCAGUCCAUCUUCAUGCCUUCCCUGGCCUCUAACCCGACCCACCGGCUCCAUCUCUUCUGGGAGCAGCACUGCAGGCUCCUGCCAGAGGUCUCAGGCCUCACAGCCAAACAAGUUGCCAAAUGGACUGUGGAAGAGGUGGUGAGCUUCAUCCAGCGUUUACCUGGCUGCAAAGAACAAGCCUCUGUGUUCAGGGAAGAGCAGAUCGACGGCGAGGCCUUCCUGCUCCUCAAGCAGAACGACAUCGUUAAAAUCCUCAGCAUCAAGCUGGGCCCUGCCCUGAAGAUCUACAACGCCAUCCUCAUGUUCAAAUCUGCAGAAGACAACUGAGAAGGGCCCUCUGGGCACAUCCCACAAGGAAUUCACAGGGAAUGGGUCUUCAGCUGUGAGCAUUCCAAUGUGCCGAACGGGCGGAUUUCGGGACUCGGACGUAUUUUAAGUAGAACUUAGUCAAAAUAUUUUGAGGUUAUAAAAAAAUCCUGCCACAGUCUGGAAUAUGGGGCAGCUUCACUUCCAAGAAGAGGAUUAUUAUUAUAUUUUGUAAUUGAAUUUGGUUUUGAUAUAUCAAUCUCUUUUGGAGAUGGAGAAGAAACCUCCGGUUCUAAGGGGAAUCCAGGGUAGCAUUGGUGGAGCUGCAGGAGGAAAGCUUGGAGUAAAACUGACUCUGUGUCCAUGAUAGUGCCUGAAAGAGAGACUGAGUGAUCACCAGCGAGUUGAACAUGUUCUGUAUGUGUGAAAGAGAGAGUGAGGAAGGAGGAAAAAGGUGCACUUAAAGCAACUCCCCCAUAUCCUUCACUGCUGUGACUCAGGAGCUGACCUUUCCAGGACUGUUAAAUUCCAGUGUCUCCUACUGAUCCUGGUGGUUCUGAUCCCCUUGGCUGCUGGGCUGCUUAAACCACAGCAGGAAGGGAGUGUGGGCAGAGGGUUUCCAUCAGGCAUUGCUUCUGCCAGCGAGCAGAACCCUCAUUUAGAUCACCAGGACCUGUGCAGGUGGGCUUUGGGUGGGAAAAGAUCCCAUGAAGGAGUCUCUCACGGGGGACAAAGAUAAAUGUUUUAGCUGUAGUUCUCCCUCUGUGCUUUUGUGCAGCUGCUCUCUGGGCCAGGAGCAUUUUCUGGCAAAAUGGCACAAUCAGGAGCACCUGGGGACUGGAUGGGUUUGUUCUUGUCCUCUGCACUGUCAGCCAAAAGCUGGGAAUGGGAGUUGGAAACCCAGCAGUGGCCACAGUGUGUGUGUAAACAGAUUUCCUAGAAACAAAUGGCUUUUCUUUUGGACAAUCCAACCUGGUGAGUGUGGAGUGCUUUGGCCCUUCUCCCCUCCAGGUGGACUUUGGAGGGUCCUGUGGGGCAGAGCUGCAGCUCCUCUGCCUGUUCAGGAGUGAGGCAGGCAGAGUACACAUCCAGGGAAGUUGGAUUGGAGAGGAAUCAGGGUUUAAACAGACAGUAAAACGGGGUGGGAAUCACUUCCCAAAAGAGCUGAGGUGCAUCAGGGAGGGAGCUCAGCCUGUGUCCCUGUGCAGGCUCCUGGUGGGAGCACGAGGGCUUCCUGCUCUGCUCAGAGCCAGAGAAGGAACAGAGCCAGUUUUAGGAACGUGCCCAUGGCACUGUGACAUCCUGGAUGGGGUUUCCACACUGUUACUUCCCUGGCUGUCCUCUCCCAUGGAAACCUUGGGAGACACGGUGAAACCUCGGUGUUCCCGCUCCUGCCUGGCAGCACAGCAGCUCCUGGUUCCCCCUCUGGAUGCUCUCCCUGAGAUAUUUGGCUGUUGUGGAGUUUAUCCAGGACCACCUUAGCUCAGACAGCCCUCAGAGCCCUUCAUCCAGAGCUGCCAGGCUGAAUCCUGCAUGUGGGAGCCCUUCCAAGUGCUGGAGGUGUGUUUACCUCUGCCAGGGCUGUGGCAAUUUCUCAGGGCACUGCAUGAUGACAUAAUCCAUCCAUAGGCACCUCAAACUCCCUUGGCAUCUCUGCCAACAGUGUUGCUUCCCCAGAGCCAUUGGGAACAGGAUGAACACACUGUCCAUGGCCACGUGGUGACACAAAGUCCUUCCCUCAUCCCCCAUGUCCUUUGUCCAACCUUCAGCUGCUGGGAAGGUCCUGGUGACUUGCCUAAAGUAGGAAGUUCCUUAAAAUUGUAAAUACAGCAGAAUCCACCCCACUGAAGCCAUUCAGUCCUGGAAUAAUCAUUUAGAGCAGUUUGUUUCCAUACUCUUAUUUUUUAUAAGAUGUUUAAGCCUUCACAGAGAAGACACAGGGUAGGUGGGAUAUUUAAUAACUGGAACAUUAAAUAUCAGCCAGGCAGCUGCAGGAGAGAAAUUCACUGCAGUGGUAAGGACUAGGCAAGAGAUUAAUUUAGUGUAUUAAAAUGCAUUUUUAGUCUGAUAACCAGGAUAUUCACCAAAGAGUCCCAUUCCUUUAUCCUGCUCUGCACAUCCAACAUCAACGUGAAGACUUGAAUUGUAAGUGGCAUGUCCUGGGCUCAGACAGAACUCGCCUUCUGGGCAGAGCAAAAUUGUUUCCUGACAAGUGGAGCAGAGGAUCCAGAGCUGGGCUGUUUUAUUCCUGGCUCUCCACUGACUUGCUAAAUAACCCUGAGCCUUUCCAUGCUCCAGUUUCCCUCUCUGUGACACCCAGCCAGGUGGGGUGAGUGCAAUUUUGCCUUUCUCUUGUUCCUAACAAGCAAAUCUUGCCAGAGUUUCUGUUUCACCUCCUCCCUUUGGGAACCUGAGUUGGGGGACAGCAGAUUGCCUCUAGCACUGAACCAAAAUAUAAUAUUAAUUUCAUUUCUUUUUACUAUAUAUAGAUGGAGGAUGAAGAGAAUCGGUUAAACAAGCAGUGAGAUUCUAGUCAGUGAAAUUAUUCAAACAGAAGAGAAAUCUUUAAUCCUUGGGGCUUCCAAGCCAGCUGGAUCAAAGAGGAAAAUGUGUUCUUGGAGGUUGUUCAGUGACAGCCAGCACAGUGCUUUCAGCAGGGGGGAAGGAGGAACCUUUUAGGGCUGGAAGAAGGAGGAAUGUGCUUCUUGUGCCUUUUUUUGUAAUCUGAUAAUUGUCUUUGCAGAGCAAGCAAGAAUGUGCACACAUCUAUUACCCACUCCUUUCCCAAAUAUAGCUGUAUUCCAAUAAAAUCCACGACUUCACCGGGCAAAGAGAUUUCAAACUCACUAAUAUUUACAAGACAGAGAAAACAGCUAAACCAGCUCACUUUUUAGCCCCAUAACUUAGGAAUUCGUGGGUUGCUGAUGCUGUUGCACUUGUGUCAGGGAUUGUUGCUUUCCUGUGUGUCCUGAUGAGUUGUUCCUGCUGCCAGACUCUGCCCCAGGCCCGUUCCCAGCCCUGCUCCAGGCCAGGGCUCUGCAGAUGCCUUUGGUUUGUCUGAUGCCUUGUUGUCUCACUCGAAAUGUGCACUUUGAAGCAAAAAAAAAAAAAGAGCCAAAAGCUGUGGCUCUGCAGGGAACAAAGCUGAGGCUGGUUUGUUCCAGCUGGGACUGGGAGGAUUUGGGGUCUGCUGGAUGUCGGCAGCAACCAGUUGUUGGCCCAGCUGAACCCAGGAGCCACUUAGAAAUACAAAUAUAUUCCUCAUAAGCCACCCAGAGCUGUGACAAGUUCCUGUGGGCCGGCAGAGAAAUUGGGAAGUUUCAGUUCUCCAAGUGGGUCUUAUUCCUGGCUCUGUUUUUCUUCCUGCAUCCCUGUUUUUUUGAAUCCCAAAGCAAUCAAUUUUUUUUUUUCUCCUUUUCUUCUCCUCCUGUUGGAAUUUUUCUGUGCCAUCACCAAUGAUCAUCCUUGUAAUCCAGUAGCAGCAAAUUCCAGCUCUGGGUAAUGAAUCCCAUUAAGGUUGGACACUGACAGCAAAACUCUUCAUCCAGAGGGAAAAACCCAGCACUGAGCCCAGGGAUAAGCUCGUUCAGCUGUACAAGAUUUCCUGCCUGCUACUUUCAUGCCCUGCUUAGGGAUUUUAUACCACAGAGAGCUUUAAAGUUUCUGACAUCCCCUCCAUCAUGUGAUGAGCCAGCUUAUUUGGGAGAUUCCUGUUACUUGAACUGGAAACACGUGCAGGGGAAGGGAGGAAGGCUCGGCUCAGCCUCGGGAAUGUUUGCCUGUUUGAAACCAAAUACUUGAGCUUUUCCACACUAGCCAUGCCCUUGCACUCCACUGAUGCUUUCCUCUGGAAAUGUGAAUAAAAUUAAUAUAAGUUCA